AUGUCGCUCUGUUCGAGGAGCGCAGUGUUGAGAAGCUCGAAAUUGAAUUUUCUACGCUUAUUCCCGAGAAACAUUACCCGAUCUUCCGCUCCAACUGUCUUUUCGCAAUCGCGCGUCGGGCCACUGCCCAAACUCCAUUCGGAUUUCCACAGGCAAUGCCGAUGUUUCUCGACAACUCUCUCUCAGCGAGACCAACCUACAGUUGAGCCACUAGCCGACUCUCUACCUGUGUGCUGUCCAGGAUGCGGCGCAUUCUCCCAAACAGUUGAAGCAAACGAGCCGGGAUACUAUGGCACAUCAAGAAAGUCGAUUCGGAGGCUACUCGCUGCGCGCAAAGGAGCGACUGAAUCCAAAGACGAAGCUGUGAAGAAAGCGGCCAGCGAAGGAGAAAGUGUACCUGCAGAGCAAAAUGAUAUUGUGGAAGAGGCAGAGCCACCUAGGCCGAUUCAAGAUGGAGCAUUUCCCGAGCAUGCCGUCGAGCCCGAGAACAAUUUCCUUGGAUCUCCAGGGCAGGUCACCCAAGUCUGCGAUCGCUGCCACGAUCUGAUACACCACAAUAAAGCAGUCUCUUCGCCUAAGCCGACUAUUUUGUCUAUCCGAAACUACCUAGGAGAAUCACCCUACAAAAACAACCGCGUGUACCAUAUCAUUGAUGCUGCAGAUUUCCCGAUGUCUCUUGUUCCACGGAUUCAUUGGGCUUUAAUGCUCCAGGAGCAACGUUCGAAGAAUCGCCGAUCCACGAAUGAGAAAUACCAGCGCGGAAGGAAACUCCCAACCCUCUCGUUCAUCAUCACGCGCUCGGACCUUUUGGCAGCAACCAAAGACCAAGUCGAUUCAAAGAUGGAUUACAUUCGCACCGAGCUUCGCGCAGCUCUAGGAAGAUCGGGGAGGGAGGCCCGGUUGGGCAACGUGCACAUGAUCAGUGCGCACCGUGGAUGGUGGACUAAGGAAGUCAAGGAAGAAAUCCGGGAGCAUGGCGGCGGUAUCUGGGUCGUUGGCAAGGCGAAUGUGGGAAAGAGCAGCUUCAUUGAAGCUUGUUUUCCCAAGGAUUCCAGGAACGUGGAGAAAAUCGAAGAGUGGAUAGCACGCCGUCGUGAGGAAAAUGAGAUUCCAAACCAACGCCAGGCCACCCUCCUCAACCCUGACAGCCUCCUGCCUCCUGCUCCCCGCGAAGAUCUUUAUCCUGUCCUCCCGGUCGUUUCUUCGCUGCCAGGUACUACUGUCUCGCCUAUUCGCAUUCCAUUCGGCCGCGGAAAGGGCGAAGUCAUCGAUCUACCUGGCCUGGAGCGCGGACUACUAGAGGACUUCGUCCAAGAUGAACAUAAGCGUGAUUUGAUCAUGACGAAGCGAGUCAAGCCUGAACGCUGCACCAUCAAACCUGGCCAGUCCCUCCUGGUGGGUGGUGGCCUUGUCCGAAUCACCCCUGUAAACCCGGAAGAUACGGUCAUGUCGGCCAGCUUCCUACCUCUCGAGACUCACAUCACCAAUACGCAAAAGGCAAUUGAAACCCAGGCUGAAGAACGCCCAUAUCGUGGCACUGUCCUCAUGAAAGAAGGAGCUGGCAGUUCAAUGUCCUCGGCCGGCAAGUUCGAUCUGAAGUGGGAUACCACCAUCUCGAAUCUUCCUACCUCCCUCGCCAAAGCUAUAAAGGACAAAGGAAUCCCUGUACCUUCGUUGCCAUACCGGGUGAUGUCGGCAGAUAUUCUCAUCGAGGGCUGCGGUUGGAUCGAACUUAGUAUCCAAGUUCGCAGCAAGCGGAAUGGCGAAGAUGAACCUUCCUAUCCUCAAGUCGAGGUCUUCACUCCCAAUGGAAAGCAUAUCGGGUCUCGACGUCCCAUCGAAUGUUGGAAUUUCAUCGCAGAGAAGAAAAAGAUCGACAAGCGCAAGCGGCCUCGACUGAGGCACUAA